AUGACUGAGUACAAAAGAAAUGCAAGCUCAGAGGUGAGAGAAGGGACUUCAUACCAGUCAGGAUGUUCAUUAGUGGAUCACCUAUCCACUGAUAUUCAGAGGAUACCAGCACCUCUUUUACAACCUGAAUACCAACCUAUUGAGAUAGAGCAACUGAUUGAAUGUUAUUUUGCCUUUUUUAAUGUUGAAACAACUGGACUUGGUCGUGACUCCCAUAUCAUACAGUUGUCAAUUAGUGUAGACUCUAAUGAAGAAAUUUUCAACUGUUAUAUUAAGCCUGGAAAGAAAAUUUCUCCUGCUGCUUCAACAGUUACAGGUAUACAGUUUGAAAACGGGAAAAUGUACCACAGUAACAAGGAAGUUGAAUACUCCAGAAUCCAACCGGCUUUACAGAAACUUUUUAUGUUUUUGGCAAAGUUAGAGAAAGUGGUUUUAGUUGGUCAUAACUGUAAAUCUUUUGACAUUCCAGUAUUACUUUCAGCAAUAGAAAAUAACAAUUUGUUCGAAAGCUUAAAUUCAUGUCAACUGGAGUAAUUGGUGUAAUUGAUACUCUUCCUCUUUUUAAAGAAUGUCUUCCUAACUUGCCAUCUUACUCCCAACCUAAAGUAUAUAAAACAGUGUUUGAGGAUUAAUACAAUGCUCAUGAUUCCUUGCAAGAUGUUAUUGCUUUAUCUAGAUUUGUAGAGAAGAUUAUAAGAGCCCAGCAUAAUUGUCAAUUCCAGCUUUUCUUUUUCAUUGCCAUCUGUUGUGUCGAUUUUUAGGUUCAGAAAGGAUGCAAAGCCCCGUUGUGAUUCACUGCUUCCUUUGGUUCAAUAAAAAAAAAUUAAUUUCAAAAUGUAUGGCCUCCAAAAUAGCUAAUAGUGGACUGUCUCUUUCCCAUAUCAUUUUAACCUUUAAAAGAGAUGGCCAACAGGGUUUGGAAAACCUCUUGUCUGAAAUUUGUGAAAACUCAAAAGUCAGAGAGUGACCAAGUCAAAGAUGAUUAUUCAAUCCUUAUCUCAGUACAUGCAUUCUUCAGAAGAGUAGUAUAAUAAUAGUUGUGCUUUUUAAAAAUCAUGUAAAAUGUAUACUGUAUUCAGAUUUAUCACAUUUUUGUAUUUGCAAAUACUUUUUUUUAUAUGAAGGAACUAAAGUGCACUUAUACUGGUACAAUUUUUUGUGUGGAUUUUUUAAAGGGUCAGGAGGUCACAUAAUCAUACAGAUUGUGGUUUGACUAUGAAUUAUUAUGAAUCAGUUCAGAUAUUUUAUUGAAAUGAUGCUGCCUCGAAUUUUUUUACUUUUAAGUUUUAUAUAACUGAAGCAUUGAAUUGAUAUUUAAUAGUGAUUAAUUUUCUUAAUUGGUUGAAAGAUCAGAGUUUGGAUAUAGAAAGUUGUCAUAUAUUGUAUAGAUUCUGCAACUUAAAAUUAUGUAAUUUUGUUAUAGCUUUUAGAUUGUUUGCAGAUAGAAGAUUCUCCUUUUACAUGUAAAUGUGUAUUUAUUCAGCUGCAUAACUUGAAUGCAGAUUGUGCAUUCAAAUAUUAGUUGAGCUGAUAUCAUAUUAAAACUGUGAUGAUGUUGCAAAUUGGAUUUCAUAACUUGCAAUGUAUAACAGAAUUACUAGAAGAGUGUAAACAUAAUGUUGUUCAUGACUGUAUGAUAAUUAUAAUUUGGAUAUAACAUUUACUGUCAGAUCUUGUGUACAGUCAGUUACUGUAUAAUUACUGAAGUGACAUAUGAGCAUAUGAUUUUAAAGUUGAGAAUUUUUUUUUUAAUGGUCAAUGAAAAAAUCUUGUACUGUGCAAAUAUUGUAAUUGAAAUUACUGGUAUUGUAAUUAAUAUUACCAUCAUGACUUCUAACCUGCAAUUCUAUGUGAAUUUGGAAACAAUUUGUAUGAUCUUCCUACUUUUCAACACCAUAUAUUUUGAAAUAAUCUUAAUAUUAUUCUAAUU